CGAACAUUUCUAGGAUCCCAUAAUUCUCAAUUUCUUUGCAAGCAUGGCAGUUGAUAACUCGUUAUCGGCGCUUCUGUCUACUUUGACGAUCUCCAUCAAGUCUGCCACCCAGGUACUUCCUGAGGAUGGGACUGCUCCGCCCAAGGAUGGCAUUUCUCUAUUGGACGUAAAGAACGACCUACUGCUAUCCUACCUCCAAAACCUGGUUUUUCUCAUAUUGUUGAAAUUGAGAAAUCGAUCGCAUUCGGACAAGAGUGGUGACGAUGACCUGCAAGAAGAGAUCGUGAAAAAGCUAGUGGAGCUAAGGGUCUAUCUCGAGAAAGGUGUACGCCCAUUGGAAAACAAGCUCCGUUAUCAAAUCGACAAGAUUGUCCGGACGGCAGACGAUGCUACGAGGAAGGAGUCUCACCAAGUCACGGCACCCAGACCGACCACCAGGCAACUCAACGGCGAUAAUUCAGAUAUCAGCGACGACGAUUCUGUAGGAUCCGCUCAGACUGACGACGAUAUGGACGAGACUUCCUACGGUCCUAAUCUAUCUGCAUUUAAGCGUAGCCAAGCAGCAGAUGCGCAAGUUGCAUCCGAAACGUCCAAGGAUGGUAUCUAUAGGCCUCCCAGAAUCACGCCUAUGGCCAUGCCCGUUACUCAAAGCCGAGAAGAGAGAGAAUCAAGACCGCGCAAAUCAGCGACCAUGGACGAGUUCAUCGCCACUGAACUUUCAACUGCUCCUCUUGCGGAGCCAAGCAUCGGUAGUACGAUUGUCUCGGGCGGCCGCCGAAUGAAGUCCGACAAAGAACGAAGAGAUGAAGCCGAACGAAGAGAUUACGAGGAGUCCAAUUUCGUUCGUCUUCCUAAGGAAAGCAAGAAAGAGCGGGCAAAGAAGGGCAUUCAGUCGCGGAAUAGCGGUUGGGGUGGAGAGGAGUUCCGAAAUCUUGGGGCAGGUCUGGAUCGCAUCGAAAAACUUACCAAGAGGAAAGGCAAUGCACUUGGAUCUCUGGAGAGAAGCCGCAAAAGGCCAGUCGAAGAUAGCCCUCGUGGCACGGGUGUAGUUGGUGAUGCUUUCGAGAAACGACGAAAGGUUGUCUCCAGAUAUAGAAAAUAGGAUCUGAUUGCCCAUGGUUGAAAGAGUAAGGAGAUUUGAGCGAGCAGCGAAUGCUCAUGAAAACGGGCAUCGGCGAAACUGUCCAUGUGCCGCAAUGUAUUAGCAUACUUCAGAACGGGGUGCUAUAUCACAAAAUUUGGUUCUAUAGAGUUGGAAACUAUGAAUGUUACAAGCGUCGGUGGCUAUACUACUUUCGAG